AACAUUUGUAAAUUAUAUGUAUGUCAGAAGCAAUCGAAAUUCAAAAAUUUCCUGUUAUUAUUUGUAAAUUUAAGAGAUGCUCUUUCUUAAUCAAACUAAAUGAAUUGUCUAACAAUAACCAUAAAGUAUAUUGUGGUGUUUUCUAACUUUUUGUGUGUGGUGUUUGGCAUUGUCAUAGUAGUUUUGAGUGCAUUGCUGAUGAAGGAACUUGGUGCGGCCAUUAAGCCAAUUUGUGUCAAUUUGAUCGUUUUCGGCAGCAUAAUACUUUGUAUCGCAUUUGUUGGUUGCUGCGGAGCGCUGACCGAAAGUCUAUGUUGCAUAUGGACGUACGCCGCAUGUUUGUUGGUGCUUAUCGUGUGCAAUGUGAUAAACAUAAUAUAUAUAAAGAAGGCUGAUAGCGCAGAACAUGCAGGCCAUGACGUCAAUUUGGCGUGGCAGCAUAUGAAAGAAGGCAGCGAUGUAACAAUGCAUAUGUUCCAAAGUACGUUGGAAUGCUGUGGCAAGACAAAUUAUAAUGACUACAUCAACGCAGAUAUGCUAAUACCGUUGAGCUGUUAUAGGGGCUACACCAUGAUGCCUGAAGAUUUAUACCAAACGGGCUGCUUGGCUGAACUCACCGAUAGUUACGACACUUCCUACAAACACAUGUAUAUCGGCUGUUUGAUCAUAUUUACCAUUGAGGCCGUUUCUUUAGCGUUUGCAAUAGCUUUGGGUGUUAUUUAUCAGCUGGACUACUAACAGAAUAAGCCACAAAAGCGCAAUGCUAAAUCCGUAGAAGGAAUACUAAAUAAGUUAUAAUUCCUUAUUUAAGCAUAUUUAAUAAAAAUAUUUUUU